UAUAUUUGUAAAAGAACAAAUAUUUGGCAAAGACAUAAACGUAAUUUUCGAAUGUUAUAAUGAUAAAUAUGUAAAAGUAUAAGAAGAGCAGUUCGGAAAACUCCAACGCUUCUACGUCUCUAUCGACCUCCGCUUUCUUCGUCCGCGCGCGCGCUCUUCCUCCCUCCCAAUCCCAUCGCAAAUAUUCUACUCUGAUUCGGGUCCAGAUUCCUCCACUGGUUUCCUUAUCUCUAGGGUUCUGCUCCCCCUCUCCGCCUUAGUAAGUGAAUCUUCUCCGCUUCGCCGCCACCGGCUUCCGAGACGAGAGCGGCAGUAGGAGAGCCGGGGGGACGUGUUGGAUCCCACGACGACUGGUGGGAGUAGAACAUCAUCUGCCGCUUCCAGCUACAUACGCAUGUCGAGUCAGAUAUGGAAAAAGCUGGAGACUUGGAAGGAGUUCGUGUUUGGUAGAAGCCUCCAAGCGCGCUGAUCGAGAUUAAUCCGUCUCCUAUUUAGUCAUCGGCCUUAAAUAAAUACCCAUCCCAGAGCAGAUUACGCCGCGAACACAGAUUCCUCUGCCUCUUUGUCGCCCCUCUCCCGUGUCUUUAGGUCCUAGCGAGGAUGUCGUACGACUACCUCUUCAAGUACAUCAUCAUCGGUGACACAUGUGUGGGGAAGUCCUGCAUUCUUUUGCAGUUCACUGACAAGCGUUUCCAAGCUAUCCAUGACCUGACUAUUGGUGUGGAUUAUGGAGCUAAAAUGAUAAGCAUCGAGGACAAGCUUAUCAAGCUGUGCAUAUGGGACACUGCUGGCCAAGAAACUUUCAGGUCGAUUACGAGAUCCUACUACAGAGGUGCUGUUGCUGCCCUGCUUGUUUAUGACAUCACAAGAAGGAGGACAUUUGACCAUCUCUUGGACUGGCUGGAAGAUGCAAGGCGACAUGCCAAUGCUGAUAUGACAAUUGUGCUGAUUGGCAACAAAAGUGACCUGGCUCGAAAAAGAGCAGUCAGCACUGAGGAAGGAGAACAGUUUGCCAAAGAUCAUGGCUUGAUGUUCAUGGAAGCCUCUGCAAGGAGUGGAGAGAAUGUUGAGGAGGCAUUUCUUAGCACUGCAGAAAUAAUAUACAAGAGAAUCCGGGAUGGACAAUAUGAUGUUUCAAAUGAGUCUUGUGGAAUCAAAAUUGGCGAGGGAGGAACACAACAUCCAUGUGGGGAAAGGAGUCUCUCUUCUUCUAGAUAUGAUUCUUGCUGUAGCUGAGCUACAACCACAGAAGAGCCUUCUGCUACUGUUCCCUAAUUCUCAUUCCCAGUGUUAAUCUCAUCACGUCAUCUAACAUCCAGUUCCUAGGUGUAGAAUUACAGCAUGCACAAAAGUAGAUACAAUGUAUAGUUUUUUAAAUACAUUUGUACAUACUUUUGUACAUCCUCCAGGGUAGCACUUAAAUUCUGCUCAUUUAUUCUCAUUGAGAUAUUUGAACUGUUACCUUGAUUUCAUUGCUCCA